GCGGGGAGCGUAUAAAUGGAACAGCAAUGGCAGCACAAGUUCAGAAGCACUUCGGAAGUGAGACUACGCUCACCGCAGACAGGAGCUCAGCCAUCCCUCUCGACACAUCUGAAUAUGCGUGCUGCCCUGGGGCUGUGGCUGGCUGUUCUGGCUUUUGCCUUUUGCACUUUAAUCUGCCUGGGUACGCUGGCCGAUGCAUACCCUUCUAGACCUGACAAUCCUGGCGAGGACGCUCCUGCCGAAGAUUUGGCCAAAUAUUAUUCGGCGCUCAGGCACUAUAUCAACCUUAUUACACGGCAGAGGUAUGGGAAAAGAUCCAGUCCUGAGACAUUGUUGUCGGACUUGCUGUUGAGGGAAAACACAGACAGCAUACCAAGGUCAAGAUACGAAGAUCCAUCGAGCUGGUGAUGGGAGGCGCGCUCUUUAUUGAUUCCACGUAUUUCACUUUGCAUUUCAUUGUUAUAAAGCUGGCAUUCAGAUCUGCCAGACCUCCAAAGACAAUCACUGCAUGCAGCCAUCAUUGACAACUCUGUAGAAAUAUCUCCUGCCUCAUACUGUAUAUAAAUUUAUUUAAAAAAUUUAUUUGUGCAUUCUCAGUAUAAAAAAAAUAAUAUUAUUUGUAUAGUAAGACUGGUUUUGUGCUAUUAAAAUCAUUUGAAAAAUGUUUGUCAAUCACUGUAGGAAAAUUAUUUUAAAGCCUUCAAUAUUUUGCUGUACAUACUUGUGUGGUUAUGGUGCCUUUGUUGUAAAUAUGACAAUUGCAAUGGGAUCCUUUGUAGUUAUGUAUUUACAUCUUUUACUCAGAAGAUAUAAGCAAUUUAUAAUCAUCAUCGAAAACUGAAGCUUAAUAUAUUUUUAAAUCAGUAAACAAUACUCAUUUUGCAUUUCAUACAAUUAUUGUGUUUACAGUAAAAUAUUAUUGAUAUUA